GGUUUACGAAGCCAAAACCCUUAUUUUGAAAACUUGGUUUCUUUUUCUCCAUCGUCUCAGCGCCGUUGUUCACAUUCUCCAUCUCCGUCGUCUCUAAAACCUGUCUCAAGCAAGCAAUCAUCUUCAAUCUUCUUCGUUUGGUUUUCGUAAUCAACCAUGUCACUUGAAGAUGAUUACGUGGAAGACGAUGAGAUGAACAUGAUUGACGAAGACGAAGCAGCAUCCGACUCCGAAGCAGAAUCACUUUCAGAUUCAGAUUCAGAUUCAGACAACGAGAUCACUGAGAAGCUAGCCGAGCCGACAAAGACUGCCGUCUACAACAGAGACGGACUUCUCGACAAACUCCAAGACAUUAGCUGGCCCGAAGACGUCGACUGGACUCACAAGCUCACCGUCGAGGUCGAUCAAGGCCCACAAGCCGUCGACGUCAACGACGACCUCGCCAGAGAGAUGGCGUUCUACACACAAGCCCUCGAAGGAACAAGACAGUCUUUCUCGAAGCUCCAGGAGAUGGGGCUGCCUUUCUUAAGACCCGCGGAUUACUACGCGGAGAUGGUGAAGUCCGACACGCACAUGGAGAAAGUCAAGUCCAAGCUUCUGUACGAGAAGAAGCAGAUGGAGGAGGCGGAGGAGAGGAGGAAAGCGAGGGAUAACAAGAAGAUGGCUAAGGAAGUGCAGUCUCAGAAGAUGAAGGAGAGGGCUAAGCAGAAGAAGGAUGAGAUUGAGUCUGUGAAGAAGUGGAGGAAGCAGAGGCAGCAGAGCGGGUUUAGCGAGAAAGGUGGUGGGGUGGGGGAGCUUGAUCUUGAGUUUGGUAAUGGGAAGAGUUUUCAGAGAGGUGGUGGUGGUGCUAAGAAGAGACCGGGUGUGUCUCCUGGUGAUCGGUCGGGAGGGAAAGGGAAGGCUGCUUCGAGGAUGGGUAAUAAGAAGAGGGAGUUUAGGGAUUCUAAGUUUGGUCAUGGUGGUAGGAAAGGGUUGAGUAAGCAGAACACUGCGGAGACGACUUAUGAUUUCAAAGGCGGGUUUCGUGGAGGCAAAGCUGGUGGUGGCAAUAAGAGACAGAAGAGAUAGAUUGAAAAGAAUGUUUUGAUCUGAUUAUCUAAACCCAUCGGCAACUUCAACACUAUAAACUUAUUUGUUAUCUUGGAUUCUGUUUUUAGAGAAUGCUUUUUGUUUUUUAAUGGGUUCAGGACCGAUAUCUUUAGUUACAAUGUUGUACUAAUGAUUUCUUGAAUUAACGGAGUCCUCCGUGUUUCAUUUUUUUAAUUAAACAAUCUCUUAAGUCUUAA